AUCGAAACGUACGAAUUUGUUCUUCGUUGGUAAAACUCAGAAAGCAAAAACUAAAAAAUCUCAUCAAAACCGAAUAAUAAAAGUAAAAUAUAAAAAUCCCAAAUAAUAAGUGAAAUCAAGUGAAACAAAAUAAAGAGAAAAGGAACCCUUUAGCUUGUCGUGUAAAUAAAAGAAACUGAAAUAUAAAGAUAAUAUUAAAAAAUAAUUGAAAUAAAAUAAAUUAAACAGAUAACAAAGAACUUUUAAAAGUUUGUGCUCUGCUUGCAAUCGUCAGCUUGUUUAUCGGCCGGCGAAAAAAAAAGUCAUCGAAAUAUCUCGUUGAAUACGUGUGCGGAUCUCAGUAUCUUCCGAUCUUAUAUUUCUAGUUUUCAAGUCACUCACUCAUCAACCUAAGGCCUAAGUGAAAUACCUAAAUCGUUUGCUUAUAAGUGGCAGCAAACCGAAGACAUCGAUCAUAAAAAGGAAAUUCGUUCGCAUUUAUAUAAAUUACGUGAAUCGCGUUUACGUGACUUGUAUCAGAGCGACAUCAUGGCUGGCAAUUUUGCUAAAGAUCCGUUCAACCCUUCGCACGGUGACUCAUUGGUAGGUCAAAAUUUUCAGAGUUUGAAAUCCCAAGAGGUACGAGAUUCAAUAAGUCCAACACGGGAUUUGAAGUUUCAUUCAAUGACUCUCAACCAUCCCAACACAACGGGUUGGGAUGUGCAAACCUCGUCAGAAGUUAGUCCAGAUGGUCGCGCAUAUCGUACCGAAACUGUGGCCACCACAGAUGGUGUUGAGAAGAUUAAUGGUGGCACCGCUGAAUUUCGUGGUCUAAAUGAGCAGCGCGCAAGCGCCUCCCAUCAGGGUGACGAUAAGAAUUUCGUAAAAAAGGCAUCGGAAAAUUCAAACACUCAUUUGCAAGAGCGUAUUGUUGUUGGCGAUGAAAAUUCUGGCCGCACCGAAAUGAAAAUGAGUUCGACGACCACUUCGUCCUCUUCUCAAGUGACAUCUUCAUCAUCAGCUGUCGAAUAUGGGGGUGGAGAGCCGAAUGAUGCCCGGUACCUUAUGGAUAAUACCAAUCGCCAGCAUCCAGGCCAAUACCCCCAACAACAACGACUGACACAAGAUCAAUAUAUUCAGCAACAACAACAACGCCAACAACAAUUACAGCAACAGGAAUUUGAACAAACGAAACAAUAUCAGCAGCAACAACAUCAACAACGCGUUCAACAGCAAGAGCAGGAACAACGUCAAUAUACCGAGGAGUUUAAUCGUAAUCGACAGGAAUCCUCUACUAGCCGCAAUGUGGAUACCCAACAGACGACGGAACAGAAUAGACGCGUUGUAGACGUAGAUAAGGCAUCACCUGAAUAUCAAAAACAUGUCCAAUAUCUUAUGUCCCAGCCUGGUGAAAUCAUUUCGAAUACGGUUGAGUAUCCAAAGCCGAACGUUAAGAUGAUCACCACCGUUAAGCGUUUGCCUGAUGGCACCAUAGUCAAGAAUAAGCGUUACGAAACGGAGGAGUUGCGUCCUGCAGUGGAUAGCCCACGCCAACGUACAACGUCUUCAACGAGCCAGAGCAGUACUCAACAUAGAAACGAGCAACAGCGACGUGAGCAGACUGAAGAUAAUGUCUAUAACCGUCAGCAAAAUGUGCGUAAUAACACUACCAGGCGAUCUGAACAUGAUGUCGUCGAUAAUGCCGAGCCAUUUGCGCAUGUUCCAAGCCAACAACAAUUGGUUGAGUCUCAUCCCACUGAUCAUUUUACGGAUGAGAUUACCAAUACCGAGACGAAAUUUUCGUCAGUGAAGAAAUCAAGCCGACGCUUCUCGACCGAGACAACCUCUGAGACCAUUGAAGAGUUCUCAGAUCACGCACCUCCAUCACAUGCGCCCGGUAUUCGUGGUAAGCCAGGUAGCGGUCGUCCGCCUACUCAAGAUUUUUCUACCCACGGAUUUCCUUCAGUGAAGCCAAAUAAGCCCACUCAAGAAUAUCCGACGGAACGGCCACAUGGGGCGCCACAGUUGCAAAGACCUGAUUUCAGUACUCAUGGGUUUCCUUCGGUAAGCCCAAAUAAGCCUACACAGGAGUAUCCUGGUGAUCGGGUACGCCCCUCAGAUGUCGAACGUCUUAAUCAACGAACUGUGACGGAAUUAAAUAACACUAGUUCUAAUGUUCCAUACGGCUCUCCUGCAGUGAAUCCAAAUUCAAAAAUUACUACCACUAAAGAUGGAGAUGUGAUAAUUGUAAGUUCAGAAUCCACCCGCAGUUCAAAGUUUAAGACCAAUGCGGAGCGUGUAAUUGAAACAGAAAUAGUGAUCGAUGGUGAUUCCAGUCCUAAUCGUGGGUUUCCCGCAGUAAAGCAAACAUCACCGGGAGGAAGAGACUCGCCCAGGUAUGGUACGCCGACCAGGGAGUACCCGGGUAGUCCACGCAGACCACAACCUGCUGAAGAUUUUUCUACUCAUGGCUUUCCAUCCGUUAGAUCUCCAACAAAGCAAUCAACUGAUUUCCCAGCAAACGGGUUCCCAUCUGAUAGAGAUGUAGCCAAACCGACAUCAGCACAUCCUGCACCCUCUAGAAUUAUCAAUCCGGAUGGCAGCGUAACAACAAUUAGUUCGGAAACGAAGAAAACUAUUAAGCAUAAUACGAAUAGGGAGCACAUUAUUGAAACAGAGAUUGUAGGCGAUAGUCAUCAACCAUUGCCGUCAGGACUACGUCAACCAGACAAAAUUACAUUCCCUCCCACACCUCAACCAACAGAUUUUGGUACGCAUGGGUUUCCUUCGGUAAGAGAAUCUGCUCCUACUAAUGACGCAUACCGUCGGCAAGGAACACCAACUCGCGAAUAUCCAAGCAGUCCUCACAAGCCACAACCAUCUGCGGAUUUCUCCACACAUGGAUUUCCCUCGGUAAAAGAUUCCGCACCGGUAAGAGAGAGCACACCGUCACGGGACUAUCCGAGCAGUCCACGUCAAAAUCAACCAUCGCAAGAUUUCUCCACUCAUGGCUUUCCUUCUGUGAGAACACCCAACAAACCUGUAUCGGAUUAUUCAACGCCGAGUGGUGGCUUCCCCUCUACCAGGGAUACUAAUGCGCCCAAGUUAAUGCCAACUCAAUCAAGACCACAACCAAGUACCACAACCACACAAAAAUCUACAGCUACAACAGACUCAUCACAACGCCUAAUAUCAAAAGAAAGGGAUGUAGAUGCUACACAUCGUGCUUUCGCUGCUUCUCUUCGAUGCUCCUCACCGGUGGAUAGCCCAGAUCAUCAUCGCAGUACGCCGCGCUCCAGUGUAUCAUCGACCAGAACAUUUAGACGCGACGGACGAGAAGGAUCCCAUGAUAGUGAAACUAGCCGUAUCAGUUCGGGUACAGUUACGCGUUCUUCGCCAAGUAAGAGUGUUGGUAAAACUGUCGUUACAAAGCAAACUGUUGUUAAAACUCGUAACGUGAAUGGUUCUAACGAAACAAUUGAUUUAACACCGCAGCGCCCCACAAAGUCACCUUCUCCCAAUAAGGCCACAACCACGACCACUACACGCAUCACGACAACUAGAAAGAGUCCAACCGAAGUGCCCAAACCAGUCUAUCCUUCAGAUAAUCAAAAAUCUAAGCAAGCUGAAAACACAUUUCCUAUUAUUAACGAACCACUAACCAUCACAAAAACCCACUUUACUGCAAAUGACGCCAGCUUCCUCGGUAACGAGGUGGUGGAGAAGCCAUGCAUAAAAAAACACUUUUAUAAACUUGGUCCGUCCGACAAAGUAAUCAACAAAGUUGACGAGCGUCCUACACAAGUUAAGGAACCAACACCUACAUCAACAAUUGGCCGUACGCGUGUAACAUCAGAUACAGUGGCUGCCCGGCGUAACAUUUUCGAAAAUAGUUCUACUCCUAAGGGGCAGAAGCCAAGUGUGAGCAGUUCUCCGUCGCCUGUUGGACGGCGUCCUUCAUACAUGGAUCAUACAGUUAGCUCGUUAGAGCACAUUCGGCGUGAUUCAUUAGAAGUAAAUAAGCAUAACUAUUCACGCAAGUCCUCGAUUGAUUCGGAAAGUAAUUAUGAACGACGACCAAAUUCUGCUGUGAAAUUUGAUGUGCCUCAUAAACCACAACGUACGACUAGUAUUCCCGAGGAUAUUGAUGUUGAGAGUAUUUUCGAAUUAGAAGUACUGGAAAGUUUAUUGGAGACAGUAACAUCAUACGAGUUAAGGCGUAGAAUUCGUGCUCAAAUACGUUUGGUUAAGAAAAACCUUCUCAACACUGAAAUGGUUGACAAAAGGAAGACCGAGACUAAAACAUCUAAGUCCAUUAGCUCAACUCAUAAAACAUCUACUUACAUAUCAAAUGUGCAUAAUGAAGAAAGUGACUCCAUUCAUGAGGAUAUAAAAACCAAAAAACCAUAUGAGAGUAAGCCCAGUCAAAAACAUUCGCUACAACCAACGAAGGGCGGUCGAGUACCUGAAAGCAAAGAUGUACCAAAAAAAUUGCCAUACGGCUAUAGUGAAAGUCGCUACAAUAAAGAAGUUACAAGAAAAACUACAACUAAUGAUAAAACACCAAAUGGUCGUAGCGAAAGUCCCAAACGUCCUACGAAAACACUCCAUGAACGUCAUCAUAGUCCCGAAAUAAAAUCUCCCCAAGGAUCUGUGAAAGAAGUAUAUCACACAACAGGUUCAUCUUUGUCUACACAUAAAGAAUAUAUACGAAACGAGCAAACGGACUACUCAGAAGAGAGUUUUAAUAGCUCUCGCCGCGUGAAUCAGAGUUCGGAACGGUUUGAAAAAGAUCAAAGUCGUGAACGCAGUUACAGUCCCGAAACCAAAAGUCCUAUAAGAGAUAGCAGGCAAAGUCCAGAUUUAAAAACUAAAUCUGUGCCUGGUAUACGUACUAAGAGUCCUGAUACCGGAAAGCCAACUUCCCAACGUACAACCAGUCCACAAGCCAGAACGCCAAAACAACGUGACGACUUAUACACCAUUUCGAAGACAACAACAGUUAAAACCACACAUUCACCCGAACGCAAAUCGAGUAAGCCGAGAACUGAUGAAAGUACACCUAUUUGGGCAGACCGUAAAAAUUUGCUAAAGAGUCCAAGUAGUACCCCGCGCAAAGUGCCAGCUUCGCCGUCAAUGCGUACCACGGCAACGAAGACUACAACUUCAAAGUCAACGAGUCAACGCCAAACUCAGAACAGAAACUUCGAAGAGGACUCCAUUACUUCAAGUUAUGGUAUUGGACCGACAGACGAAAAUGGCUUGCCACUAUUCGGUAUUAAGGCGCUGAAAAAGAAGAAGCCGAGUCAGUCCUGUGAAGCAACUGAAGAAGUCACAGGCUAUGUCAUCGAAGAGAAGUAUUACUCUGAUAAUAAAACAAAGCCCAAAGUCGAAAGAAAGGAAUACAUUUACUCAACAAACGCGGAUGAACUUGAGGAAAUCAAGAAAACUGUUGAGCAGAGUCGUAAAUCCUCACAAGACGAUGUAGACGUCAUCAGAAAGUUUGAGAAAAUCGAUAAGGACUAUGUUUUCGAAAAACCAGAAGCUAUAUUGCCAGAUUCAGAAGAUUUUACAACAUCGAGCAAAUAUGUGCGAAGGGGCUCUGUAAAAGAGUUGAGCGAGAAAUUCAUACGAAAAGAGUCCUCUCAAUCGACAACGGAAAAAUCGGCUGGUUAUCCAAAAGCCGGAUUAAUAUUACGCACUAGCCGUGGACCAUCAACAGAUCCAAGUGGAGAUUCAUAUGAAACAACCACAGAGAAAUAUACUACGACGUCCAGCAGCGGUCAUGCUUACCGCCCAAUGGAAGGAGACUCCGAUGACGAAUAUAAUGUACAGCUGCGCCAAAAGCAAUCGCGUGUUUUUACUGACUACGACGACAACGAAAGCGAACAACGUCACUUGAGUACUCGUUCGUCGAGUAAGUCCACACGCUCAUUCCUUAACAGUAGCGGUGAAACUAAAGUGGUAACAAGUAUGGAUGAUGCGCUGGAGCGUAUGCGUAAUGCGGACUAUGUCGUCGAGGCUGGAGACACGGCUGAAGAUCAAGAGGCGCGUUCAUUACUGAAUAAAUUUUUAGGUGCAAGCGUUAUAAUGAAAGGCGUGGAGAGUGUUUUACCUACAACGAAACAAACAACAACUACAACCAUUACUAAAACUUCAUAUGCGGACGAUGAUGCCGACAGCGAUCUACUGAAGAACAAAGCGGUGAAAACCACUCGUAUAACGAAAACGACCAAAUCAGGAAGCUCUUCAACACCAGUUACCCAUACAACUUGUGAUAUCGAGGAGAUCUGGGACGAAGAAUUAUUACAAGCAUUGCUUGAACAGGCCACAACAUACGAAGAACGCCGGAAGAUACGCGCGCGUCUACGAGAUUUAAUGGCGGAACGUGAAGAGAAAAAAGAUUUGAAAUCGGGUGAAAUAUCCGAAAACGCUCCAGAAGUCGAUGAAAGCAGUGCUAGUGAAUACGAGGAGAUCAUUGAGGAGAUUACUGUUAGCGACUACAGUGACGCCGAAGAUGGUAUAGGCGGAGAAGAAAUAACUUCAAACCAAAAUAAUACUAUUAGUGAAAGCAAAGAUCAUAAAAAGGACGUAGAAAAGGAAGAGAAAGAAACAAAAGAAACUGUAAAAGUACAAGCGGCAAAUAAGCCAAAAAUUGAUAAAGCAGAAAAGGUAGAGGAAGUCGAUAAGAAAGAAAAAUCGGAAGCGGAAGAGGAAGAGGAAGUAAAUAAAAGUGAAGAAGUUCAAGCAACCGACAAAUCCGAAGCAAAAGCCGCUGAAAGCGAUAUCAAAGCUUCAAACUCUGCAAAAGAAGAGUGCGAAGCGAAAUCAAGUGUCGAUAAAACCGAUUCGAAUUCCGUCAAUGACGAGCAACAAGCUACAUCCACCACUGAGAAAACGGAAACAAAGGAAAAAGAUGGCGCCGUUGUGACAACCACAACUAAAGUUACAACACGCACUGUAACUGGCGCUGGCAGCUCUGCCGCGAAGCCAGUUUCACCGUUUGCAAAGUUCCGUCAGUUGGACAAACAAAGCUCUCAACAAUCAAAAUCACCAUCAACACCCACCACUCCCGGGGGCACAGCCUCACCUUCUGGUUCUGCACGUAUAUUCCAAUUUACUGAUCCGGCAUUAAAUGCACGCGCCGCCACUGUUAAGGAACAACUUCUGCAGUGGUGCCAAUCGAAAACACAGGAAUAUGAGAACGUCCAAAUAACUAACUUCAGUGCCAGCUGGUCAGAUGGUUUAGCAUUUUGUGCUCUAAUACAUCAUUUCUUGCCAGAUGCCUUCGAUUAUAGUAAACUAACACCAAAAAGCCGAAGACAUAAUUUUGAAUUAGCUUUCACUGUGGCCGAUGAGAAAGCUGGCAUAGCGCCACUACUCGAUGUCGAGGAUAUGGUAGAGAUGAAAAGGCCCGAUUGGAAAUGCGUUUUCAUCUAUGUGCAGAGCAUCUACCGUCGCUUCCGCAAUUGCCAAUAAAAUCGGAGUCAAAUCAAAUAAAACAAUACCUUCGACAUCAUUCGACCUGCGGUCAGCAACAAAAGUAAUCCAUGUAUACUAAACCUUCAUUGCCAUAUAAACAAUUGUGCAAACGGAUUUAUUUGCUAAAUUUUGUAAAUUAGAAAAAAAAAUGUAAACAAAUAAAUGGUAUUGGACAUUAGGGUGAACGAUUACAAGUUCAACUUCUCUCACAAGUGUUUACAAUUAAAACAGUCCUAGAACUGGAAAAGAUUAAAAUUGAAUUCAUUUAUUGAAUUUUUGUUUCUCUUCUUGUAAAGAGAAGAUAUGUAAUAUUGCAAAUGAAACAGUGAAUCGUAAUAAUUUGUGUAUCGGGUUUCUAAAUAUUAAAAAUAAAAAUAAUCGUACAUCAUAUAUAUUACAAUAUUUUGUAGUACGAUCUGGCUCGUACGUAGUUUAAGCAACGUAUGUUUUUGUAUAUUAAAACCGAUUUUUUUUCCUUAAUUGAUUAAUACCACUACAAAUACAUACAACAUACGUAUAGAGUUGUGCAAAAUAUUUUUCAAUAUUGUUAACAAAUGCAACCAAUUAAACUUUAACGACUUUGUGAACAUUUUUGACAUUUUUUGUGAAUUUUCGCGCUGUAGCGUAAAAAUUAUUUUUUUGCUAUUGAACAAUUGUUGUUGGUACUAGAGUUAAACUGUAACUUAACUCCUUUUUUUAAAUGUGAAUCGAGUAGGAAUGCUUGUAAGAGGAGCAAACGAUAUUAUUGAUGAUAUUCUACCGUUAUGUAUACACACACACAUAUAUCUAAUACAUACUUAUACAAUUGUACUCGUAUGGAGAAGUUUAUGAAAUUAUCCAUUUGACUAUAUGUUUUUUUUUUGUGUUUUACUCCAUAUGAAACCACGCCUAUGUACUAACAUUACAUUUACCACAAUAAAAAUACACAUAUCUAUACAUACAUAUGCCUAUAAAUGCUUUUUAUUUGAAAGAUUUCGACUCACCCGUGGCUGCAUAACAUAUGGUAUACGAAUAACAAAAACAAUCACUAACUAAAAAAUAUUAAUUACAGUUUAUGCAAGUAUGCGUAUAUACUUGAGUUAUUCAUUUUCAAUCAGUGCGUAAUUUUUGUAUUCUCACCAUAUGGUAAAUAAUGUCUGUUAUAAUAAAUUAUGAAAUAUUAAGUUAAAUGAUUUUGUUAUGAGAAUUUUAUUCUACGGACUUUAUAUUUUUAUUGUUUUUAAACAAAAAAUUUAUUUGAUUUUGUACUAAUUGUUGCAACGAAAAUAUAGAAAUUAACAUUUUCAAGCUGCAGAAAGCUAA